AUGCUAUCAUUUAUCGUACCGGAGAUCAUAGUGUUGUUCGCAGCGGACGGCCACAAAUGGGACCGUUAUCUCAGCGAAGAAUUCGCGCAAAUGAUUGAAUUCCCGUUGAAUAUACACCACAAACACGUGGAGCACAUGGACGAGGACUUCGAGGAGUUCCUGCAGUCGAUGCCUAAAUUCAAUGCAUUUAUACUACUAUUGAGUCGCGACUUCUUGAACACUAUGUAUGUGUUGUCGGAAAAGAUGUAUUCAUUGACCAAAUGUAUGAAUCCCUCGAAAUGUUUGCUUAUGUUUUGCAAUUGUUUGGAGUCGGAUGUCAAUGAUAUCCAUAAGAGUCUGCUGUACGGCUACCGGCGCUGUCAUAGGGUGGUGGCCACGCAUAAUGAUGUCAAACAGUUUAUGAUAAAUACGGUCAAGUGUUUGUCAAAUAUACUCGAGUUUCAUAAGUAUAAAGACAAUCGGAUGUUGAAAGUGUCGACUAAAAAGUAUAAUAAUUUUAUAUCAAUCGCACCGCAGUUUGAGUUGUCCACUGAUAUUAUUUAUGAGACAAAAGACAGGAUUUAUAUACUGUUGGACUCAGCCAUCAGUGAAACACAGAGAAUACACGUGUCUAUUGGUGUCACAAAUGAUAUACUCAUUGUUCACUACAAGAAUCCAUUUACACUGUAUUUCACAAUACCUGUACCUUGGCACUCGUAA